GACUUCGGACACUACUUGCCUAAUUCGGAGAUGGUCGACGGAGGGCUUCGCUGCUUCCGCUGAGUCGCCAAGGAGAGCGGGCGAUCCUAAGGUUCCCUGCUCGAGAGCUCCUGAGGUUUAUUCUCCCCGUCUCUUGUUCCCCACCGAGCCCUAAUUCUUCUGGACGUUUGUGGGUGACCUCGACGCCGGGGCAUCCCAUACUGCCGUGGGAUAAGGUGGACUCCUCCAUUUUUCAUCUUAAAUCUUAAUCUUAGCUGAGGAGGGGUUCGAACUGCGAAAAGGAUUAGAGGAGAUUGUCACCGUUAAGAAAAUUCUAGACUUUCAGAUGGAAACUAAACCACUAACAGCUGAAGCAAUUGCCCUGACUGAGAAAAAGAUGGAUAUGACCUUAGAUGAUAUCAUUAAAAUGUCCAAGAAAAAUACGUCCAAGGGGAGAAGACCUUUGAGGAUGCCGAUUAAGAGCCAAGGCUUUCAAAAUGGCAACCGUUCCCAGAAUAAUGGCAAAGUUCAGCAGUUCAUGGAAUCUAGGUCAUCAAUUAGGCAGGGUUUUCUUGCACAGAGAAGAUCAAAUUUUCAUGGGAAUCAGUUUCAGAUGACAACAGAGAUUUCAAGGAAGGUUUCUGCAAUGCCUAUUCGCAACAGGCUAGUGAAUCAGAGCCAGCCAAGGGCUGUUACUUCAGCGCAAAGGAAGGCUGCUGAUGGUAGCUUCGCAGGAAAGAAGGAUAAGGUGGUAACCGAGCAGAAGCCGGAGACCAUGGAUGCACUUUUUGCAAAUAUGAAGAAGCAGAGGAUGAUGAUGAUCACCCAGCAGGCAAAGCAGUCUAAUGGUGAUCGGACAGCCCAAAGGCACAGUAUCUCACACCAUCAACGUGGUAGAGGUGGAGCACGGAGGGGCUCCUCUCAAUGGAGUGGCAACUUUCGCAAGUGAGAUAUAGAUCAGCGCGUAUCAGUUUCCACAUAUCCAACCUUUUUCCCUCGUUCUUGGAGUGAUUAUUAUGUGAUUGAACUCACUACAGUGUAGACAGUUCCAUUUCUCUUUAAACAACUCUGGUGUCAAUCUUUCUUGGCUACGGAUAAAAUUCGCAGUUGGAUGGUGAGAGCCUUGUGGUUGUAUCAGCUUGGUGUUAUGGUGUAUCGAGUUCCUUGCCUAGAGUUGCCUAAGCAGGGAGGGAAAAAAAAGAUGGCAAGCAGCAGUCCUGUCGAUUGCUCCUUCCUUGUUUAUGACAAAGGCAGUAAAGGUUCAAGAUUUAAAGAUGCUAUGUUAUGAAUCUUCGAUAUCUUUAUUGCAAUGGAAAGCUUGUUUUGGAUUGCUAGUG